GUCGACUUUCGAACCGUCGGCUGGAUUCACACGGCCGUUAUUUUCCUCAAGGGUAUGUGCCCUGUCCAAUUCCAUUCCUCCUGUAGUCCUACGAGAAGAACUUCAUCUUACUAACAACACCACAGUCAUCUUCGCCACUGGUGUCCUCACCAUCCCCUCGUCCAUGUACGUGCUGGGCGCCCUGCCCGGCGCCAUCAACGUGAUCGGCUGGCAGCUCCUCAACACGUACUGCGCCAUCGUGCAGGGCAACUUCCGCAACUCGCACGCGGGAUGCCACUCGAUCGCGGACAUGGCCGAGGUCGUGGGCGGCAAGUGGAUGCGUGAGAUCGUGGGCAUCGUCUUCCUGGUGACGUUUGCCAUUGUCGGCGCCUCGGGCGUGUUCGGCUCGUCCGUGGCCCUCAAUGCGCUGUCGGACCAUUCCAUCUGCACCAACUACUUCAUGCUGGUCGCCACCUUCAUCGUCUUCCUCUUGGCCAGCGUGCGCAAGUUCGAGAAGAUUGCUUGGCUGACCUGGGUCGGAUUCAUCUCCGUUUUCGUGGCCGUCUUCGUCGUCGUUAUCGGAGUUACUGUCAUCGACCGCCCUGCGGCUGCUCCUCAGACCGGCGACUUUGACCUGGGCUACCAUGUCAUCGGCCACCCGUCUUUCGUUGCAGGAAUCACAUCAGUUGCAUCCAUCUUCUGCUCCAGCGCUGGAACCUCCGCGUUCUUGCCCGUCAUCUCGGAGAUGCGAAAGCCGCGAGACUACAACAAGGCCGUCUACCUGUGCAUGGGUUUUGUGGGCGCCAGCUACCUGUGCUUCAGCUUGGUUGUAUACAGGUGGUGCGGUCAAUGGGUCGCGUCUCCCUCGCUGGGCAGCGCUGGUGGCACCAUCAAGAAGGUGUCGUAUGGUAUUGGUUUGAUCGGCCUUCUGGUCAGCGCGUGUCUCUACAUCCACGUUGCAGCCAAGUACAUGUUCGUGCGCCUGCUGCGCAACUCGGUGCACCUGCAGAAGAACUCGCUCAUCCACUGGGGUGUCUGGCUGGGCUGCACGGGAUCGAUGAGCAUCGUGUCCUUCCUGCUGGCGUCUGGCAUCCCCAUCUUCAACUACCUGCUGGCCCUGGCUGGCAGCUUGACCUUUGCGCCUCUCGCCCUGGGUCUGCCGGGAUACCUCUGGAUCUUUGACCACAAGGAGUACCGAACGGGCUCGCUGGGCAAGAUGGUCAUCUACUGGUUGCACUGGGUUCUGAUUGCGCUGGCGGCGUUCUUGACUGUCGGCGGAACGUACGGUGUUAUUCAGCAGGUCAUUGAUGCGUACGCGAGCGGCCAGAUUAGCUCCGCGUUUUCGUGCGCCGACAACAGUGGCUCGUCAUAAAAUUUUGGUCUAGUUUGUAGAGGGUCGGUCAGAAUGACGAGAUUCUAUCAGGCGAAAGGCUUUGCUGGCUUAAUUUAUAUAGGUGGAAAUAGUUUUAGUAGAUCAAGAGAAACCCCUGGGAUUCAAACCCAUAUGUGCUCGACUUCGGCAAGUGACAAACCCAGCAUACUUCUGGGGCCCAUCAUUACUACGUAGUAAUCUUAGGGUGAGGUAACUAGAGCCAACUCUGGCCCGCUUGUCGCGACAAAGGUAUAUGUUCACCAAUAUUCAUAUCCGUGGAAAUAUAGCUACCCAU